AAUGACGACAUGUUCGAGAAUAUGGCUGUGUCUGGUACACGUUAUAGAGUUUUAAUUUCAUGACUUAGAUGGGUUAAAUAAUGAUUUAAUGCCAGUAUUCUUAUUGGUAUAAUAUGGAUUUUGGUUCAUUGUUGUAUGCUGCAAAGAAGAAUGAGAAUUCUGCCAAAAAGGAGGUUAAGUGUUAUAAGUCAACAUUUGAUCCACCAAAGAAAGAGCAAAAGUCAAAAGCUCUUUCAGCAAACAUCCAGAAGUUUUUGGCAAGAAAAGAAGAAGAAGAAAGGCAGAAGGUUAUUGAAGCCCAGAAAAAGAAGGAUGAAUUGCUGGCACUGCGGUCUCAGGAUGGCAAAGCAAAGAAGAGGGUUGCAGCUAUGCUUAAGCGCACAAAAGCUGCCAACAAAGCAGCCAUUGAAGAUGCUGUUGAUAAUGAGAACACUGCCGUAACGUUAGGAGGUUUGGCACAGCCUGAUGAAGAUGAUUAUGGCUAUGUAUCACAGGAAGCAUCGGCAUUUUACGACAAGCUCAUGGAAAAGUAUACUUCCACUCCUUCUGAGGAACCAAAAUUCUCCAAGAAAUCUUUUCUAAAGUCCAGUGCUGCAGAUUUAAAUAAUACCAAGGAUCGAGUAAGGAUGGCUCUACUAAGACAGGAAGAAGAAGAGUUGAUGCCACAUAAACGCAAAAGAAAAACGAAAGAAGAAAAACUUAAGGAAACAGAAAGUGUAGAUAGAAGCCAAAAUGAGUCAGAUUAUGGAAAAACAAAAGAAUGUGAAGAAGAGAUGCCAGAGAAAUUUGUCAAACCUCGUCGUCCCCCUCCACAACCACAAAUGGACUUCCUCAAUUUGCUUAAGAUGGCAGAGAAAAAGCAAUUUGAACCAGUUAAAAUUGUGUCAAAAGUGAAAGAAGAGGAUGAGAGACCUAUGACUAAAAAGCAACGUGCAGAAUACAUGAAAGAAAAGGAAUGGCGGUUGAGGAAAGAAGGAAAGCUUCCACCAUUAACAGCUUCAAAGCAAGUGACAAUCCAGUCUCAGAGAAACAGUCUCUCCCAGUCUUCAGAGGAAAGAAGCAGAACUCAGAAGAGCAGUCUCAGUGCAGCAGAUUCAGGGAGUGGUCCAAGAAGUAAUCAACAUGCAGUAGAUAGAAUUAGAGAUCAAAGAAGCAGUCAGUUGUCAUUGGAUGGACAGAGAGAACAGACAGGAAGUCAGCCUUCAGGAUAUGGUAUCAAGGACCAAAUUAAUGGUCGAUUUUCAGAUCAGAGAACUGGCCGACCUUCUGGAGACAUAAAUAGAGAUCAGAGGAACCGCCGGCCACUGGAAGGGAACAGGCCCCCGAAGAGUAACCGAUCUUCAGAGGAUGGUAACUUCAGCAUUCCAAAAUGUCCAAAAGUGAACAGCUCCAGUAGAAUUGAUAAACAUGAAAAAUCACCACACAGGAUUCCAAAACUGAGUGAUAGCAGUAGCAGAAGUGUGAAACUGCAAGGGAACUCUGAUAGUAAAGUUGGCAAGGAAAGGAGUAGAGAUAUAUCAGGAAAAUUGCCUGUUAAAAACAGUCACACUUCUAGUGCCUUUGGACAAGGUAGUGCAAAUAGGAACAGUCCUGAAGAAAGAAAAGAUACUAGCAUUAAUAGUAGCAGUAGUGGUAAUAGUAAGAACUAUAAUUUAUCAGGUUACAGUAAGAAGUUGCAAGAGAGCCUCUUGGCCAAUCUACAGGAGAAAGGAAGGAGUGGUAAACUAUCAGAAGCAAACAAGUUCCUUGUACCAGGAGCCCCAACUUCAAAAUAUCCAAAGAAUUGUGAUUCUGGAUCAUUUAACAUGAGCAGAGAAGCAAAGCAACAGUCAAAAUUCACAAGAAGCAGUGAGUCGAAAGAUGUGAUGAAAGAAGGUUCCUUAAUAAGAAGUUCUGCAAAGCCAUUUACCUCUUCACAUAAAAUAAAUGAAACAUCUCGUGGAGUGUUAUCCUCAAAAUCUCAGGAGUCUUCAGUAAGAAGUAAGCCUGGCCAUGAAAUUCCAACCAGAGAUGCAAGAAAAGCAGUUCAAAUACCAUCCAAGGAUGUCAAGCAGAGGCAGUUUCCACUCUCAGAUGCCAAGACAUGUCAGUCGCCACCUGCAUGUGUUAAGCCAAGACAGUUCCCAUCUGCAAAUGUCAAGCCAAGACAGUUCCCACCUGCAGAUAUCAAGCCAAGACCGUUUCCGCCUGCAGAUGUAAGGUUAAAACUCCCAUCAAAACGUUACAUUGAAGAUUCUGAUGAGGAAUAUGACCCUGAACUGGAUGACUUCAUUGAUGACGGGCCAGAUGAGUCAGAAGAUGUCUCUAAGCACAUAAAGGAGAUCUUUGGAUAUGAUAGAUCAAGGUAUAGAGAGAUGGAUGAUGAUGAUGAUGAAUGUAUGGAGUCGAGUUUCUCACAGCAGUUAAAAGAGGAAUUUGUGAGCACCAAGAUGGGAAUUUUGGAAGAUCUGGAAGACAUAAAAAUGGAGAAAAGAGCACUUGAAAGGAAGAAAAAAUUGAUGAUGAAAAAGAAAAGAAUAUAACAGCAGGAGCAAUUCAUGGUGCAGAUUAUGUAAAAUACCAUAUUUCCUAGUCCAAAUAUUCUUAUUUGCCAUCAGUGUGACUAGCUUAUUUUGAAAGUAUUGUAGCGUGUUUAGUUACUGAAGACGCCGUUCGGAUUGUUAAUUGGUUUCUUUAACAACCUACAAGUCGUAA